AUGUUGUCAACUGGAGUUCAAGAUUUCCGAAUAGCACUUGGGAUACUUGGGGGUAUAGGGACCGUUACCAACCUUGCAACCCUAUCUGCCUUGUGGUUUGUGAGAAUCGGUUCAGAGUUUACAAGGAUUCUACUGCGAAGUCAGUGUAUAUUCGAUGGCUAUUCCUGUUUUAUUAUGCUCCUAUAUCAGAUGGUUGGCAGCCAAAUCAAGACAGGAUCUCCCAUCGCCGAUGAAAUCCUGUGCUAUAUUUGGGCAGACGUUAACCUCUUCUGGCCUGGCUAUAUUCUGGGCGUGCAAAACAAUGUGUGCAUAUCACUCGAUCGUCUGCUUGCUGUACUAUGCCCAGUGAAAUACAAGCUUCACAAAUUUUCCUUAAAAAUCGGUGUUUGUUUAUACUUGAGCAUCUCAACAGUUUUCCUGUUCAUUCCAAACUUUUUCCUUCGGAAAUAUGUGGAUGGAGAGUGCCUAUUUGACCUUCCCAAAAAUGGCUCGAUAAUGGAAUUCAACCAGGCCAGUGAAAUCAUCUGGUUUCUUAUGAAUUACCUAUUGCCCGUCACAUUCAUACCUGUUUCGCAUGCCGUUAUUUUAUACUAUGCACGUCCUACCCGAAUUGGUGCCCCGGUGGUUGAGACAGAAUGUGUAAGUCGCAGUCUACGAAAGUUUACCUAUACCACGGUGUUUAUGGCUAUCACACUACUUUGCUCGCAUUCAGUUGAUGAGUUUGUCUAUCUACUCGCAACUCUUAAUCUCUCCAACUACAUUCCUGGAUCGCUUCUGCAUGAUCUCGGCCUGGUACUCAUUAUGAUUGGUACUUGUACUCUACCCCUUGUCAUGGUCGCUACCAUAAAAAGUGUCCGAAACUUUAUGUGGGAAUCAACAAAGUUUCUGUUUCUGCAAUGCAAAUGGAAAAAGCCGGUCUUUGAAGAACAUUCCUCUACAAUCGAACCUUAG